UAAGCUCCAAACUACAUCUAGAGCUGGCUAUCCUGAUUCCCAAACAGACCCGUAAAAUCUGAUGCCAAAUUCACCAGCUCCAAAAACCCUAAUCCGAUAGCCCGUCGCUUAUAUAUACUGGAGAAAAGCUUCAUCAGUACCGUCAGCUCGGCGGCUAAGCAAACCCUGCUUCUCUAAGGUAAGAGAAAAUGGCGGUGCCGUUGCUGACGAAGAAGAUCGUGAAGAAGCGGGUCAAGAAGUUUAAGAGGCCCCAGAGCGAUCGCAAGAUCUCUGUCAAGACAAACUGGCGCAGGCCAAAGGGUAUUGAUUCUCGCGUGAGAAGAAAGUUUAAAGGAUGCACUCUGAUGCCCAAUGUCGGCUAUGGUUCAGACAAGAAGACUCGUCAUUAUCUUCCCAAUGGCUUCAAGAAAUUUGUUGUGCACAAUGUCAAGGAGCUAGAGCUGCUGAUGAUGCACAACAGGACGUAUUGUGCUGAGAUUGCACACAAUGUCUCCACAAGGAAGAGGAAAGAGAUUGUGGAAAGAGCCGCCCAACUUGAUGUUGUUGUGACCAACAAGCUUGCCAGGCUGCGCAGCCAGGAAGAUGAAUGAGUUUGAAACCCUUAAUGUCUUGCUUGAUAUGUUUUUGUAGUGAGAGCUUUUAGCAGUAUGUAGUUAGAAGUUAGACAUGGUUUUCAUUAUGGCCUAACGUGGGUUGAUACUUUCUAGUUCAUGCCAUGCUAGGACUUACUUUCGUUUCGAUACUAAUGAGAUUUUUACGUAAUUUAUGCUUCUUA